GUAACUAGAUGCGGGGCCAAUUAGCAACGGUAUACAGGAAUAUGAGGGGCAUGAGCUCGACGUCAGGUGGGAAGCGGGAUGGAUAUCUAUGAAAGGUCGUAUUUUAAGAUCGAUCUUUGGGAAUAUUGAGAUCACCUUGAGAUUAUACACCGAAAUUCGCGUAUAUACAAAAGCGUAACCGAGAAGAGCAUUUCACCAAGGACUAAGAGAUAAUUCGGCAAAGCGCCGCACACAUCCCAAGCUGAACUCGUUCAUCAAGUCUCCGCAACAAUGUCAACAUACGUGGUACCAUUCGUCAUUAAUGGCAAAGAACGUCAUGCUGAAAAGACCUUCGAUGUGGUUUCACCCGACACUGGGAGGUUUAUACACAAAUGUGGCAUAGCGACGGAGGCAGAUGCUAUCGCAGCCGUUGAGGCUGCUGCGGCCGCUAGCGAAGAAUGGGGAAAAUCGCCCGCAGGCGAACGUCGAGAUAUUCUUCUCAAGGCAGCUGAGAUUAUGAACAAUAGGCGAAGUGAGCUGGCACAAUACUUGAUAGAUGAAGUCGGCGCACCACGUGCAUGGGCGGAGAGUAAUCUCAAUCUCGGCAUCGACCUGAUUAAGGAUGUAGCUGGGCGAGUCGGCGCUAUUGAGGGUGCUGUCCCUCCAGUUGCUAUGAAUCUUUCGGCGAUGGUUGUGAAAGAACCUUAUGGCGCUAUCUUAGCUAUGGCCCCAUGGAAUGCGCCGUAUAUCCUAGGUACACGAUCAGUACUCUACCCUAUCGCUGCUGGUUGCACGGCCGUUUUCAAGGGCUCUGAAUUGUCACCUCGGUCUCACCGCGCUAUUGUCUCGGUUUUUAGCGAAGCUGGUCUUCCCGACGGAGUAAUCAACUACAUUGUGACUGAUCCGGCCAAUGCGCCCAAAGUCACAGAGACGAUCAUCGCACAUCCGAGUAUCAAGAAAAUUAAUUUCACUGGUAGCUCAGCUGUGGGUAGGAUCAUCGCGAAGACUGCGGGUCAGUAUCUGAAGCCCCUUGUCCUAGAGCUUGGAGGCAAGGCACCAGCGAUUGUAUGGGAAGAUGCGGACUUAAAUACUGCCGCAACGGAAUGCACCAUAGGAGCUUUCAUUUUCGCUGGACAAGUUUGCAUGAGCACGGAGAGAAUAAUCGUGCAUAAAAAUAUCAGUGAAGCGUUCCGAGAGAAGUUGGUUGCGACAAUCGGACAUGUCUUCCCGUCCAACGGCGAUGCCCUAGUUUUAAUCAACGCCAAUUCCGUGGAAAAGAAUAAAAAGCUUCUAAAGGAUGCAGUUGGCAAGGGAGCUCAGCUCCUACAUGGAGACGUUGACGCCGAAGAGAGCUCGAGGACGCGACUAAGGCCGAUAGUGGUCAAUAAGGUCACGCCAGAAAUGGACUUAUACAAGCAAGAAUCAUUUGGUCCAUCGGUGAGCCUUAUCGAGGUUGAGACUGAAGAGGAGGCACUACAAUUGGCCAAUGACACCGAAUAUGGUCUCACAUCCUCCGUCUUCACUGAAAAUUUGAGAACCGGCCUGCGGUUUGCAAGGGGUAUCGAGAGCGGCGCUGUGCAUAUCAAUAACAUGUCUAUCCAUGAUGAAGUAACACUGCCUCAUGGAGGAGUUAAAGCAAGCGGAUAUGGCCGAUUCAACACACAGACGGGAUUGGAGGAAUGGGUUCGAACGAAGACUAUCACUUGGAAAAAUUAGUCAAUCCUAAUGACAGGACGGGGAAUUUCGUAUGCGAAUGAAGGUAUAACUUUGUAGAAUAAGGCAGAUCAUGGGUUUAAAGAUAUUUUUCUAU